AUGAAUGGUGUCAUUUUACAUGAUCAUACAUGGAACAGAACGCUUCUUGACCCGUACCAAGUGGCACCCCCUGCAAGGACCCCGGAAAACAACCGUCAACAACGCGCUCAACAGCGCCAAGGCCGCCCAAUGGCGCCUUGCGACCAACAGGACCCUUCCACCGACUACCCAAGACACCAUACCAAGUGCCACACCGACACAAAAGCAAUCAGCAUGCCGCCCAACGACCCAACAAGCUCCUCAACCUUGACUCAAACCAGCAGAAUCAACCGCAAAACCACCGCAAACAAGCCAUUACUCUCAACCAGCAAAUCAAUAGAGGACCACGCAACCGAAAAACGCUCAAUACACACGGCCCUCAACCUUCCCACGGCUGGCAACAUCCUUCUGGCCAUUUCGACUGCAUUAUUUGAAUUCAGCGCGUCUGCCAACCUAGGCGCCACUCACACAGAUAUAAUACGUGCAUUCGCGUUCAUAACUCACGAGGUUCAGAAGAACAUCAACGCGGAAGAAAUCAUUGAGAAAGUCGGAGCACUCAUGGGCGGCCCAGUGGCAACUCUGGAUGAGAAAGUCGAAGCAUUCGAAGAAGUACUAGAGAAAUACAAGUCAGAAAUGGAGAAGGUGAUCACAGAGGUGCGUACCAACUUCCAAACAUCCACAGAAGAACUAGUGAAAGCGGCGAAGAGCGCGAGCACUAGCGUUCCCCAGUCAGGGCAAACAACCGAUACCACGUCAGGGUCUAACGGACCAAGAUCAUACGCAGAGGCAGCAAAAACUAACCCUUCACCCAUACUAACCAAAGUUCUCGCGAGAAGCGAAGACCUAACGGAAGCGCAACUGGUAGCUAAAGCCGCCUUAGCGAUCGAACUCCUGACCAAGGACAAUGAGGACACCCCUACUAAUCUAGCAUUCCUAUCAGCGCGCAGACUCCCACAUGGAGGCGUAUUAUACGAACUCGACUCAGUAGAAUCAGUUCUUUGGUUUAAUGUCCCCGCGCAUAGAAGCAAGUUCCUCGAACACUUCAGCACAGAGAUAGUUAUCAAAGACCGAUCCUUCCACAUACUAGUCGAGAAUGUGCCAAUAUCCUUCAUCCCGGACAACCACGCCACAAUAGCUGAUGUAGAAAGAAGGCAGGCCUCAAACAUAAGUCAAUAUACAGAGCAAGAUAUAUCAAACCGGCAGCCAGGCGCAACCCAGGAGGGCGCCAACCAGGCCAUCAAGCAUGGAUUAUCAAUCGAGGGGAAGAAAGUAUACGGCAGGAAGCUGAUUCAAGAGCCCACCAGGAACACGACACUUGCGGAACGUGUAGCAACCAACACAGAACGGCCACCUGCGCAAUCACUGAUCAGACCCAAUACCGGUGCAAGAACUGCGAUUGUCGCAGGACACGCCGCAUGGAGCCGCGACUGCCCAAUGUUCAUAAGCAAAUGGGAGAGCUACAAGAACCGCAAUGUGGAUGCUAAGUAUCGGUUCUUCCUGACUGAAGACCCGCUCACGUGGGAAACCCUGAACAACCCACCCCAGCCAAGGGAGAACACAGAGAACUGGAACCAACACCGAGACCACCACCAGAAUGUGCAACCCCAAAGCCACCACCGUUUCCCACCACCGGAGGAUCGCACAAGAGGAUUCCAAACCGUCCACCACCAAAGACAGCCUCCCCAAGAACACCAUGCCCGCAACACGAACCGAGUCCCAUUAGGUAAUCAGACUCGCAUCCCGGAGUCAUGGCUAUCGCAACCUCGCCCUCCUCAACAUCCUCCACCUCCCCGGGAAAACGAACGGCCCUCGCAACAAUGA